ACGUCAUCACUGCGCGUCAAGCUGAAGAAGGACAGAUGUGGAUGUGCACGCUGAUGACUCCAGUUAUUAUACCUGCAGGCUGUUUGCAUCGAGAGCACAAUUAAUAAGCAGUCUCGGUUUACAGUGUUUGCAUCAUCCGUAGAUUGGACAUUGGGAUUAGCUCGACACGGCAAACAGCACAAGCUAACAGCGUUUGAAGAUGUCUGUAACGGAGAUGUUUAGUUAUAUUCAGGGCUUUCUGAGUGCCGAUCAAGAUAUUCGAGAGGACAUAAGAAAGGUUGUCCAAGGUCUGGAGCAAACAGCCAGAGAGAUCCUUACUGUCCUUCAAAGUGUCCAUCAGCCAACUGGCUUCAAAGACAUUCCAAGCAAGUGUCUGAAGGCCAGAGAGCUGUUCUGCACUGUCAGGAAUCACACCGGAGAGCUGAAAACCAAGUUCCCUGUGGAGCAGUACUAUCGGUAUCAUGAACUCUGGAGAUUUGUUCUUCAGCGACUCGCCUUCCUUGCAGCGUUUGUGGUUUACCUAGAAAGCGAGGCAUUGGUCACACGCGAGGAAGUCGCAAAAAUACUUGCCAUUGAAGUUGACAGAGAAAAAGGGUUUCAUUUGGAUGUGGAAGACUAUCUCGCUGGAGUUCUUAUUCUGGCAAGUGAGCUGUCCAGGCUGGCAGUGAACAGUGUGACCGCAGGGGAUUAUGGGCGUCCGCUUAGGAUCUCAAACUUCAUCAAUGAACUGGACUCUGGCUUUCGCUUGCUCAACCUGAAAAACGACCCCCUCCGCAAACGCUACGACGGCCUCAAGUACGACGUGAAAAAGAUCGAGGAGGUGGUGUACGAUCUCUCCAUCCGAGGCCUCGCCAAGGAGCAGGAGGCAGGAGAAGAGAAGUAGAGUUGUUGUGGGAAUGCAGGAGGCCCUGGCUGCGAUUCGCCACAUCUGAAGAAGAGUGCUUGAACCUGAUGGCGGGCAGGUGGACAGUUGAAGAAGGGGAGGGAACGGAGGUCCUCAGACGGUGUCUUUUAAACCACCUGCUUACCUUGACAGAGAACAGGUUUCAAUGGGAAGAUGUUUUCUUUCUCACUUCUGUUGAGAGAUGCUUUUGUACAGGUGCGUUCUGUUUGCCUGUUCUGUUUGAUUGGAUGUUUUUAUACUCUUAUUGAUAUUUUUGUCUCAGCCACGUGUAUUUCAAACCAUUUUAUAGUCAAGCAACAUGAAGAAAUUUGGGAAAUGUUGGGGGAAACAGAGGUUCUGUGCUUGUUUUGUUCAUUUCAGUCUAGAAGGACAUCAAGAUGUUUGAUGUUGACUUGCACAAGCAUUACAUUGGACAUUUUUUCUGUUUAUUAAUUAAAUUGGGUUUUCGAAACACUUUUUUUUGUCACUUUUUGAUAACUUUUUUUUUAAAUUUACGUCAAAAUUACAUUUGUGGUUUGAAGUGAACAAGAAACAUGCCAAAAUGUUAAGCUUUAUACAGUAAAAAUAUCUGCACUCUGUAAGUCGUAAAUUUUCCUUGACUGGUGGUUCGCUGUUUGUCUCAUAUGCACAAUUCCAUGUAUUUCGCUGUUGAAUGGACGGUUUAUACAAAAUAAAAGUUCUGUUGUAAAUUUUUCAUCUUCAGGUUAUUCUGAAAUUUUUAUUGUCCACUUUUGUUUUUGAUCCCAUUGGCUUAAUUUGUUCCCCCCUACAAAACAGUGGACAUCUAUUUUAAAAUGAUGUCUGUCUUUAGUGAUUUACUGAGGGAAGCUUUGGAACAACACUAGGAUGAGAAAAUUAUGACCGAACGUUCAUUCCUUACUGUACAUUACUGAUCAGUUGUGUAUCACUUUGACUUCACUAUUUGCUUCUUUUUGUUCUGCUCUGAUGUUGUUCUGGACGUUGCAUGCUGAACUUGUUAAAGUAUUUCAUUAUGAGAAAGAGCUUUGGAAAAAAUAACACAAACAAUAUAAGCAAAAGUUUCAAAGAGCAAACUGACCGUGCAUUUGUUUUGGUAUGUAAAGCUUUAUGGAAACUUUUCCAUUCCUCCCUUCUUUAUUUGUGUUCUGUCAGUGCAUUGCCUUUUUAUUGCAGAUCUUGUCUCUUUUGUAUGUGCAUGUUUCAUCUGAUCUUCAGUGAUGUUGGGGGGCUUUUACUUUUAUUUUCUUAGUAUUUGUAAGCAAUAAUGCUUUGUUUCUCCCCAAAGAAAGACUUCUGUCUGACAGUAUUUGCAUUUGAAAUGCCUGUUCAUGUGGUGAUUCAACAUUUGACUUUGCUUUUCAAUAGGAAAUCAUGUUUUUCUUGUUCAGUAGUGUUAUAUAAUAAAGAUUAUCGUUGCAAACGAUGUUCUCAGAAAACACA